ACACGAGAGUUCAACAAUUGGAAACAACUGUAGAGACUCAGGUCACUCGCUUGACUACAGCAACUGCACAUAUCAAACUGAUUAAACCCAACUUUAUCCAAGCACUUGUACUACAAGAAGCACAAGUUCAAGACUGGUAUGAAGACCUGGGACAUUUUCCAAAGGCUCCACAACCACAGCGCUGCAGGGACUUAAACGGCCUCAGAAAAUGCAAGCCCUCACCCGCACACUCUUCUGGGUCACCAAGCGGACAGACCUCCAGACAUGUAGACUGGACCUAA